AACAAGGUAAACAUAUCUGCUAAAUAUCAGCAUGUUAGCAUUCUGACGUUAGCAUUUAGCUCAAAGCACUGCUGGUACAGCCUCAGAGCUGCUAGCAUGGCUGUAGACUUAGUCUUGUUGAAAAUGCAAAGAUUUAAAAUUUUGGUACCAGGGGUUUUAAGUUGUAACUAACAGCUUUAUUAAUGGUUAAUAAAUCAUUUACUAAAGCUGUAAACAUCCGUUUUUAGACAAUUAUAAGAACAGCUUUUGGGUUGCCAGGUUGUGAAAUACCUCUAUGGCUGGUGUUUAUCUUCCUCUUUAACUCAUCAGGAAGACGACUCUAAAAGUAUGUUUGAGCUCUGUGUUGACCUCCGGUGCUGCAGUGCAUCUGGACCAGAAGCCAUUUAUUAACAACUUAUUAACAAGAUAGAUUUAUUGAUCAUUUUACAACACAGAUUUAUUGUAGUUCCCUUUUAUGCUACUCAAAAAAAAAAAAAGUUACAUUAACAACUGCAGACGUGAUUGAUUUUUAUAAAAAAAAAAAAAACCAUUUCAUUAUUAAUAAGGGCUGCAAACCACCAUUAUUGUCAUAAUGGAUAAUUCUGCAGAUUAUUGUCUCGAUUAAUAGUUUUGUCAGAAAAUAGUGAAAAAUGCUCCUUAUAAUUUUCCGCAGUGUAUUUCUUGUGCUUGUUUUAUUGGACCAACAGAAAGAUAAUCAGUUUACUAUCAUAAAUGACAAAGAAAAGCAUCAAAUACUAAUAAUUUGAGAAGCUGGAACGAGCAAAAGUUUGGAAUUUUUCCUUGAUAAAUGACAGUCGGUUAUCAAAAUAGUUGCUCGAUUGAUUUAUUGACUAAUCAUUGCAGCUCUAUUACUGACUUACUAACAUUUAUAACUGCAGGCUUGGUAAAAACUGAGACACUCGUGACCUUUUAUUAAUGACUGUAUUAAGCAAAAUGGAUUUUUUUCACAACCUUGCAACACAUAAUAUAAUUAUAAUGGAUGUAUAAAGCAUUAGUGAAUGAUUUAUCAACAGUAAUAAAGCUUGUAGUUACAACUUAUAAACCCCUGAUAAAGGGAUACUUGCCAAAAUUCUUCUUCUCAGACAAAUCAAAUUUGGUUUCAUUAACCAUACUUGAUUUCAUGUAGUAGGCUUAUGCCCUGUGUAAGAAGAGUAAAACCUGAAUUCCCAUAAUAAAGGUUUUUUAAAUAUGUAUUAGAUGGAUGGGCGCCACGCUAUCAGACAGAAGGUAAAAUCCAAAAGUAAAUUCAGAGACAGUCCAUUUCAGUCCCCACCCCUCCUAAACAAAACGCGUUUAGAAGCAGUUCACCCAGCCCUCCCUGCUCUCAGCACGAUCCCGGUCUCCCUCCGAGCCCUGGGGACCUGCUAUUGAUCGGUGCCUCGUAGGUAGUGAUUGGACAUGAGUGGAUAAUUUCCUUUGCUGCAUUAGAGUCCAUUACUGGUCCGCUCCCCGGAAAGCGAUAGACAUCCAAAAAAAAAAAAAAAAAAAAAAAGGGUAGAUUCUUCUUGGAAAAGCAGUCUCCUCUGACAAAUGUUUAGCCGGCCGAGACUCCUCACACUUUAUUAUCAGGUCCGCACAGAGGCUGAUUAUAAGAUACUGGCCAACAGCAAAGGAGGUCAUGGCAGUAAUUUAGACAUUUUACUCAGGCUCUGGCUCUGCUACUGCAUCUCUGCUUUCCUUACCUAGGCAUUGUUGCUGAUUUAAGGAUUGCGUUUCACUCAAAAGCACUCCGUAGGUGCUCUUUUUAACCAGCCGGUUCCAUGUUGGUGGAAAAGGCCUAAAGAUCCACGUGACCACUUCAGGGACCCUUAAAACCCCUCAAAAAAACUGUCCCAUAACAUCAGGGACCCCUGGAACCCCCUUACCCACAGAACCUCUAAAGAAACUCUCCUACCCCAUCAAAGACCUCUUAAAAGAAACAGGACCCAUACCCCCCCUCUAGGACCCAUAUGAUCCCUCAACAAGACCAAGAAAUCCUAUGACCUAAACCAAAUUUAAAACAUUAAAAGCAAGUAAACAUUUUGUAUUUAACGAAUUACAUAAAAGUCAAAUUUGUCGAACCACGUUGUGUUAGGCUCACGGAACCUCCAUAGUGGACCCCUGAAGUCUCCAUCAACCACCUUUAGAGAACCACAGGCUUCGGCCGCCCAUGAGAGUUAAUAGCUUUAUCAUUUAUAGACUGAGGUGCUUCUUUAAAAAUUCACAGAGGUUUAAGCCACCACCCUUGAUACAUUUGUAACCCAGCAGAUGACCCCUUUAACACAGGGAGGGUGCUGCGGGUUGCCACAUCUCACCACAUAAAGUAUUCUCUGAGGCGGGCAGACCGGGCUGCUGCUGCUGCUGUGAAUAUGAUGCAGCUCAUCUCUUUCUUACAGGCUGUACAGAAGUAGGGCUGCACGGGUCUGGAAAGUUAUCUCCUCCAUCAUAUUAAUGGGAUAAUAAUGUGAUUGAUUGGUCAUCUCCCAGGGGAAAUGGUCUUUUCUGCUUCCUGAGAGUGUAAGACUCAUCAGACAACUUGCAGCUGACUUGGGAAGGAUUCUUGCUCAAGAGCCUCUCAGCAGGGUCAAUACUCAGAAACAUCAGGGGGUUUCAACCUGGGUUUUCCCGUUUGGAGGACGGUCUCCCUUACCCCACUGCUGCUGUUUAGCUGUCAGCUUCCUCGGCGGGGACUAAAGAGGCGGAGGAGGGGGAGGAAGGGGAGACGAAGAGGGGGAAUCCGGCGCUUCAGGACGGCUGAGUCCCGUUGCGAUGCAUGGAGGCUGCUUGGAAACGCUCCCCGGGUCUCCGGAGCGCAUGAGGCGGUUCCAGGCGACCGACGGGCCGCAGCACCGGGGGGAUCCGGCCGCUGAUUCGCAGCUCUGCCAAGCUGCCACACCAUAGGUUCGGCCGCAGGAGCACGGCUCGGUUCGGUAUCCACAGAGCGGAGGCAUAUACUCCGACAGCGCCGUUAUCUGGGAGACUACAGGCUGCAUCGCAUCCCUGCGUCGCAGUGGUGGUGGAUACUGUGUAAGCUGUCGGGUGGCAUCUAUGCAAUUUUAUUUCGACUUUUCAUUUUAUUAUGAGCACAGAGGAGGGAGAGGCGGGUUCAGCUUGUGGGGAGGCGAGGGGAGACACUACCAUCACCCACCGCCACACCUGGGAUGAAGGCGACCAUGGCCAAGGACGUCCGCACCCCGACGAUGAGGACGAGGCAGAGCAGGGAGAGGAGGCAGAGGAGGGAGACGGCUGCCGGGAUGCAUGUGGGGGGAACAAUAGUGGGACUUUUUCCAGUGAGGAUGGGGCGGUCGGGGGAAGAUCGUGCAAGGCUCAGACGAUGCAUUCAAACUGCAGCAGCGAAACCUGCAUCCCCACUCCCAGCUGUCGGAUCUGCUUCCAAGGCGCAGAACAGGGUGACUUGUUGAACCCGUGUCGGUGUGACGGCUCAGUGCGUUACACCCACCAGCAUUGCUUGCUGAAGUGGAUCAGCGAGCGAGGCUGCUGGACCUGCGAGCUCUGCUGCUACCGCUUCCACGUCAUCGCCAUCAACAUGAAGAGACCGUGGCAGUGGCAGUCCAUCACCAUCACCCUGGUGGAGAAGGUUCAGAUCAUCGCGGUGUUCCUGGGCUCUCUCUUCCUGGUGGCCAGCAUCUCCUGGCUGCUGUGGUCAGCUCUCAGCCCGCAGGCCAUCUGGCAGCGCCGCGACAUCCUCUUCCAGAUCUGCUACGGCAUGUAUGGCUUCAUGGACCUGGUCUGCGUAGGCUUGAUUGUCCACGAGGGGGCGGCAGUGUACAACGUCUUCAUGCGCUGGCGAGCCGUCAACCUCCACUGGGAUGUACAGAGCUACGACAAGACGAAGGACAUGGAGGAGACGAGCACUGGCCAUUCCUCAUUGGCCCCCAGGACGCUUUGGUUGCCUCUGGUCACCUUUGGGCCCAACGGCCCCUUACACCCCACCCAGCUGGGUCCGCAGCCAUGGACCUGCCUCUGUUUGGGCCCCUUCUGCCCCAGCCUGGUGCCCCGAAACAACCUCAGCCAGGACAGUGACUCAGGAGAGGUCGUCAUUCGUGUAACAUCGGUGUAACACCAGGCGGUAUUUAUGCAGGAACAACACAUCUGAUGGUUUAGGCUUGGUGUUUUUUUUUGCAGAUUUUGCAGUUACUAAAUGUUUUCCUAAUGAGUUAGAAUUGUUUGUCCGCUCUGGGGCCGGUCCUCAAAACAAUCUCAACAGUUAAAUUAACUCACAUGUGGUGGUGUUGCCUUUGUGUUUUAUUCUCAGAAAAAGUUUUUUCUGUGCAGACAGACACGAACGACACUCACCUCCACCCUUUCUUUUUCCAGACCAUUGUGAAGAAUUCAUGUCAUGUGGGUUAGAAGGCAUUGAUGGGAAACAUUAUCAGAUUUACAACUCGCGAGCAUUCACAUCAUCACACAUCUCAUGAUGGUUUAGGACUGCAGAGUUGGCUGUGUAAGAGUUAAUAAAUACUGUGCAUGAUCAAUAUGGCACUAUAUCCCAUUUUUAGGCACUUCUGCAUUAUGUAGAACAGGAAGGUUCCUAGAAAGAAGUGCAGUUUGGUAAAAUGGAGACCAUGUUCAAUUGGUACACCUCUAAUUUCCAAUAAUAAAUAAAUAAUGAAUGAACAUUUACCUGGGCUUACUUGGGUUCAAAUGGAGAAGUUAAUUUCAAGGAAAUUUUUAUUGAAAUCAAUGACCUAUUUAUAAAGUCAACACUAUUGCAAAUACCUGGCUCAGAACGUCCUCUGUAUUUUCCUUGUAAUUAGUACCAGAUGAUUAGAACAUUACUGGCCUGUAAAAACAGUGCUGUUAAAAUAUAUAUAUAUAUAUAUAUCAGCAAGUCUGAAGCCAUGCUAACAGCCCAGUGAGGCUGUAAUAAUCAAUAUACAUCAGAAAGCAAUUACUCAAUGGCUGUAAAAUGGAGAGAAAUCUUAUAUUCUAAGAUGCUUACCAUUAGUGAAAUAAAUAAAUAAAAUACAUUUUUUAUCAAUCUAACCUGGACUUUGUCAGGGUGUGUUCGGGCUCAAUGCAAAGUGAAGUCUAGUGGUGGUACUACUGCAAUAUUAAGUCCAAGUUGAAAACGUUUCAACUUAACGUGAUAAUUUGAGCUCAUCCCAAAGCUACAGGAAUUCACCAUGAGAAAACUGGAGCAGCCUAAACUCAUACAGAUACACGCACACACCUCCGAUUUGUUCAGUGAUUUCAACAGGCCUGGUGUGGUGCACGUUGACAGUCAUCUCAGCUGGUUGGAGAAACAAUCCACCAGUCAAAGCUUUAUAGGCAGGGGGAAAAAUGGGUAUGUCAUCGUCUGACAUAGCUAGCUACCACAUCCAUAAAGGAGAAAAUGCCACAAUAAUGGUGUCAAGCGUAAUUGGUGCAACUGAACAGGUAGUUGUAAGUCGACUUAUUUAUUUAUUUGAUCUACGUGAAAAACAAUAAGUUAACUGUUACCUACCACAGCUUCUGUGCCCACUGAAAAUGACAUGGAUAGCUACUGAUCGGUUAGGGGCAACCAAAACAAAAUGACCCCACCCUCCUUCCAAAAGAGAAAUCAGCUAACAUGAACACAAUAAGUGAAACAAAUGGCAAUUCAGUCUGAUUACCAGGCUAACUGUUGUAAGCUGGAUGUUUAAAGCCUUCAUUGGCUGUUUUUUGGCUAAUAAAGACAAAAAUUCUCUUCAUGUUAAGUCUGAACACACCUUCAGGCUCAGCUCAACAUCGAUCAGCUGCAUCUCAUCAGGCUCAGCUGUCUCUGUCAGAUUUAGCUUUACUUUGUCUGCCUCAGUUGUGCUUAGGCUGACCUGUGCUUGGAGCUUAGCAUGCUAACACUUUUCCGUUGGCACGUUAACAUGUUAGCAUGCUGCAAUUGGCACAUGAACAUGAUUUACAUUUCGCAUUUAAACAUGCUAAUGUUCAAUCUAUUAAUGUAACGUUGAGCAUGUUAGCAUGCUAACACUGGGUUAUUCUAGGUUCAGAACUGUACUGAAAGAGUUUGUAUAGAUUUGAGUUUCAAACUGGAUCUUUCCAAAAAUGCUAAAACUAUGUAGAGAGCUUUGUAUCUUUAUCACUGUGUUUCCUUGGGAUAAACCUGCUUUAUGGUUUGUACAAAUAAAUCUUACCUUUUAGAAGACCAGAUCGUUCCCAGCAAGCAUUUUACGGACAGGGAUGCAGGAUUCAGCGAUUUCCACAGAUUGCAAAUGAGCACAAAAAAAACCUGAUGUCAGAAAGAUAUUGAGGUUUUAGUUUCACACAACGAUGCAGGCAGCAAAUACAGACGUUUCCGAGUGUCAUUCUAACUUGAUCAUCAGAUGAUUUGUGCCAGUAUAAAUACAGUUGUUGAAAAUUGUGGUUUUGAUCUGUCUUUAUGCCAUUCUGUUGAGCUUCCAGGAGCCCUGUGGUGUUGUGGGGUUUUGGCGUGGUGAUGGGUUUGGGGCUCUGUUCUCGACCUCGUCAUUUGGGUCAUUUGAUUUUUUUGGUGCCUUAGGAGGCUGGGUGACAACGUCGCAAUGUGCAGCACAGAAAUGACUUGAAUGUGACUUUCCUGUUGGCUGUAUUUCUAUUUCUUUUGAAUGUAACAUGGAUGUUAUGUAUAAAGAAUAUUUAUAUACACAGAGAGCAGCGUGGGUUAUUUGCCUAAUGUCAAUUGAAUUUAAGUGCAUCUGGCUUUAAGGCUGUGCUGCCAGGAAACUGCAUGAUGGCUGCUGCGGGAUGACUGUGAAAGGCACCUUUCUGAGAGCUGAACUUCACUACCUGUCCCUUAGAGUGACAGCAGUAGCCCCUUCACAUCAAGACCCAAGGGGCAAAAGAGGAAGAAGAUCUAAUGUUGGUGAGUCCAGUUUUAUACAGUAUGCAUAGUUAAUGGAACUAGAUUUUUGCUGCUGUUUAGGUUAAAAUGUUGUAUUUCAAACCUUUAACUUGUCACACAAAAGGUUUUAUGGCCUUGUACUGACCAGAAUGUUAUUCAGGUCUCAGUAAGCCCCGUAUGCGCCAAACAAAGUGCUGGUCGGGUCAUCUAACGGCACUUUUCGAAACAGACAAUCUGACAAUUAUGUGCAUUUUCCGACGUGGCAGGGAAGGUAGGCAGAUUUCAAACUACUCUCUCAAGCUCUCUUUUCAUUCUACAGAUAUAGACAUUGCAACUGCAGAAAAGUGUAAUGUUGCUGGUAUGAUGUCUAUUUGUGCUUCUCAGCACAAAUACAGUGACAGUGCCAAAUAGACAGGACUCCUGACUGCAUCACACUGAUUUCACAGCACUAAUCCUAUUAAUACAAAAGAGUUAGAGAAAAUGCAUUAAUGAGAAAAGUUGUCAUUUUGAUGCUUGGCUACAUGUUUAUUGCGGUUGCCUAGCGUCUGUGUCGGACAACUCUCCUGCGUCUGCGGACGGCAGAGGACCUGCGAGGUCUCCUGCGUCUGCGAACGGGGCGGGAAGCACGUCUGCGUCUGCGUGGCAUUGUCAAAUGGUGACCUGCUGGAUGUAACGGGUUCUAUUUAUAAACUCCCAGGCAAGGCUCUGUGAUGUCACUGAUGAUGUCACAAUUCACAUGAGACAAUCAAUGACAUCACCAGAGGAAGUACAUCAUGGACAAUGAUGUUAUCAAUCCCUCUUAUUAACAUUCCCUAUUCUUGUUAAUGUUCAGUCUAGCACUUGGUUUAUUUAGGUUUUUGCCUGAUCCAAGACCAUGGGGUUAUGGUGUCUAGUGGUUUCCUAAAGACCCUCUGUGUUGGCACAGUUAACACAAAAGAAUCUUAUUUCUACUAAUAUGUUUGUGCAUAUAAAAACAAAUCACACAAAAAAUGUUGGUUCAACAACUGUGUGCAACUAUAUUGUAAACAAAAUGCUGGCUGCUGAAGGACAGACUGUUUGAGGAUGCUCCGCCUCUGGAGCACUUUGGACAUGAGGGGUUGCACCCAGGCCACACUGCCUGCCUGCGCAGCGUCGCGGAACCUCUUGCUUUUCAUUUAACAUGCACCAACACUCAGGCGGCGCGUCAUCUAGAGAUUCGGCGUGUCAUCUACUUUUUCUGUGUGACGAGCGUGAUUCUCAGCACAAAUAGACAGUGAAAAUGAUAUGUUGAUAUGAAUAUUGACAUCAUACCAGCAACAUUACACCUUUCACUACAGUUGCAAUGUCUGUAUCUGUAGAAUAUGUCAGACAUAAAAGAUGUUUUCUUACUGAUGGCCAUUAUCAAACACUGCAGCAGCAACGCUGUCUGUGUGGACACUACAGGCAUGCGAGCCGCAGCAGUUCAGCGAGGUAGCCGUCAAGCACAGGUAGAGGUAGGCGGUGUGGCCAGGGCGUUAGAGUCAUACCAUCUUGGGAUCUGAACAUUAGCCAGAUCAGGAAGCAGGAAAGCAUUGCCAACUAUCAUGUCAUAGCUGAUUCUGCUGCAUUCUCCUUCCGUCAAAGGAAAAGGCUGAGCUUAGCCUGAGCCAGACCGCUUAUCUGUUCAUGUCAUGUUAAUGCUGGGGCCCACACACCUGGGACUGUGUCGGAGUAAGGCUUUCAAACAGCUACUCCUCAAAUAUCAAGAGAGAAAUAAAUAAAUAGAAAGGUAGACUAUGUAGGAAAGAGAGAAAUUGAAAGUAAAAGAAGGAAAGAGUAAAACUAUUCAAAGAAAAAUUGUAAGGUCAAAAGAAAAAGAAUAUAACAACAUAUAAGGAGAUAGUAACAGAAGAUCAAGAAGACAAAACAAAAAAAGAGAGAGCAAGCAACGGUUAAGCAAGAAAUGAUGCACAUGGUGUGUAGUUGUUAGAUACUCUGACAGUGAAUGUUAAUGGAUUAAUGGGUCUUAUUUAUAUCCUCCCAUGAUGUCACUGAUUGUGUCAUUCUGACAGUUAACAUCCUUUAAUGGGUCCUAUUAAAGGUUCACCAAGGUAGAUCACAUGACCUCACUGGGUUCCAUCAAUCUAGGAUUACGUGAUGUCACUGAUGAUAUCAUAAUUUCUGUGAUUGAUGCUUGGACUACUUGUUUAAUGCAGUUGCCUAGCAUCUGCGUCUCUGUACCUAAUAUGAUUAUUUAACUGUUCUUUGGCUUGAAAAAAAUCAAGUGCAGUGCCAUUUUGAUGCUUGGCUACAUGUUUAUUGCGGUUGCCUAGCGUCUGUGUCUGACAACUCUCCUGCGUCUGCGGACAGCAGAGGACCUGCGAGGUCUCCUGCGUCUGCGAACGGGGCGGGAAGCACGUCUGCGUCUGCGUGGCAUUGUCAAA